AUGAGUGAUCCAGAACCCUGCAGAAUGAAACACACUGAAGAUACUGAAGAACAAAGAGACCUGAUGGAAGAGAGUGAGGAGAGUGAAGAACUGAGUGAAGUGGAGGAGAAACAUCAUGACAAACCUGGAGAAAAACCUUUGAGUCACUCAAAGACUAAAAAGACAUUUUUAAAGAAAAGAAGAGCAGAGAAAUCUACAACCUGCACUCAGUGUGGAAAGAGUUUGACAACCAAACAAAGUCUUGAGCGUCACAUGAUGAUCCACACUGGAGAGAGACCGUUCACAUGUGAUCAGUGUGGAUGGAGAUUCUUAACCAAACAAAAUUUUGAGGUUCAUGUAAGAGUUCAUACUGGAGAGAGGCCGUUCAAAUGUGAUCAAUGCGGGAAGAGCUUCAUGGAUUCUUCAAAACAUAAAAGACACAUGAAAAUCCACACUGAAGAGAAGCUGUACGCAUGUAAUAAAUGUGGGUUUAGUUUCACAGAAUCAGAUAAACUUAAGAGACACAUGAGGAUCCACACUGGAGAGAAGCUGCAUAGAUGCAAUAAAUGUGGCAAGAGUUUCACAGAUUCAGGAAACCUUAAGAUUCACAUGAGGAUCCACACUGGAGAAAAGCCUUUCAUGUGUGAACAGUGUGAAAAGAGAUUCUCAACCAAACAUAGUCUUGAGCUUCACUUGAGAAUCCACACUGGAGAGAGACCGUUCACAUGUGAUCAGUGCGGGAAGAGCUUCAAACGAAAGUCAAGUCUUGAGCUUCACAUGAGAGUUCACACCGGAGAGAAGCCAUACAUGUGUGUUGAGUGUGAAAAGAGAUUCACUCACAGAAAAAAUCUUGAUGAUCACAUGAUGAUCCACACAGGAGAGAAGCCGUUCACAUGUGAUCAAUGCGGCAAAACAUUUCUUUGGGCAUCAAACCUGAAGAGACACCUGAGAGUUCAUACGAAGGAGAAGCCACAUUCAUGUUCUGUGUGUGGAAAGAGUUUUUCAGUGCUACAAACUUUACAUACACAUCAGAAAAUACACACUGGUGUGAGAGAGUACAUGUGCUUUGAGUGUGAGAAGACUUUUAUUACAGCAAAACAUUUAAAACGUCACCAGAGAAUUCACACUGGAGAAAAACCUUACAAGUGUUCACACUGUGACAAGAGAUUCACUGUGUCAUCAAAUCUGAAAUCACAUGAGAGGAUCCACACUGGAGAAAAACCUUACAAGUGUUCACACUGUGACAAGACAUUCAGUCAGUCAUCAUGUCUGAAAAGACAUGAGAGGAUCCACAGCAGAGAGAAGCCGCACACAUGUGAUCAGUGUGGAAAGAGUUUCACUAUUAAACGCUCUCUUAAUCUACACAUGAAGAUCCAUACAGUGGAGAAAGCACUUAGUGGAGAAACCAAUUAGUUUCCUAACAGCCAUGAUGAGUGAUGGGACAUUUUGUUGGUUGAUUGUAGGGCUGGGUGAUCUGACGAUUUUAUAUCGUGUUUUAUCUUGAAGACAUUGUCAAGAGAAUCAUAGAGAUUGUGAUCUUUUAUAUCUUCGUAAUAAUGUUAAAACUACACCAAUGAAUGCCCAUUAGAUGGUUGUGCUGACUGGCCAAAUUAUAUCACUCCAUCAAGUGUCUUUCAUGCAUGGUGACGUAUUUAAAUAUCAAUUCAAUGCAAGCAAGCAAUAGAGCUGUGAAAGGAACUGAUUUGAGGAGUUUAGUUUCAAUUUCAAUUAUGAAAAUGUGAUUUAAAAAAAUGGAAAACGCAGAUGUAAUCGCAGAAUCCAGUCAUAAAAAUUUACUCUGUAAGUGUAUAAUCUGUCAAAUUUUUGAUGAAUAAAUCAAAAGCAGGUCAGUAGACUUAAAUCAGA